GCUAAAGCACAUGUACACCGAAACGCAUUCGCAGCUUUAGUUAGUGCGCUCCACGUGCUCGCGAAAGGCACAAUGGCCGCGCGCCCGGCCACCCCCCACCCCCGUCCCUACAGCGCCAAGUCCUAGCCCCGCCGGAUGUUGACGGCGUCUCCUGGCAACGGGAGAUGGCGCAGCCGGGAGACCGAGCUAGCGGGUCUCCCCUGGAAGGCAGGUCGACUUUGGAAGGAGAAGAGGGACCCAGCGAUGAAGGCCAUGCAGUGUCACCACUGGAGAACAGUGACCAGAAAAGUGAAGAGGCCGUGGGUGCAUCGGGCCCUUCUGCAAGGGAAAUUGAGGCCGAGGACAAAGUGGAAAUAGAAAAGGAAGCAGCUAAGGAUGGGGCCAUUUCAACUGAAGGGGAGGCCACUGUUACAGCAGACCCCAAAUCCACCCAGAAAGUGAAAACUGAAGAAGAAUUUGAAUCUGACGUGGAAAAUGCAUCCCUUGAAAGUCAAAUCAGUUCAGAGCUCUUGUUUGCAGAUAUCAGUCCUCAGGAGGUGCCGAGAGGUGACACUGGCUUUGUGUAUCCGUACCAAACUGGUGAUGAUUUCUCCCGAGUGGCUGGGCCAUCGGAAACAGUAGUUGUCACCACAGAGCCAUUCCAGUCCAUGAGCUCAGAUGCUUCAGGAUCAACAGCAGGCCCCUUGCAGGUCCCACAAGAGAAAGCCUUUCCUAUGGGCUUACAACACAGCUUCAGACUGAACCAAGGGAGCAGUGUGGUGACCUCGGAUGAGGAAGAGCUUUCCCUGAACCUGGAGGAGCCCUUUGAGCAAGAGGAGCCUGAUGCCCACUCUCAGGAGGAAGCAUUGCUGGACCAGGCCCAAGAGUUAAGCCCCGAAGAAGAGCCUUCAGUGGAGAGACUAGAGUCCGAGGGGAGUGACGAGGCAGAAGAUGAGGAAUCCCAGCUGAUGGUUUUGGACCCAGACCACCCCCUGAUGGUCAGAUUCCAGGCUGCCCUGAAGAGCUACCUGAACCGCCAGAUAGACAAGCUGAAGCUGGAACUUAAAGAACUGGAGGUGGCCAACAAGCAAAGCCGAGCCCAGCGUCAGGAGCUGGGCGUGAAUCUCUACGGAGUCCAGCAGCACCUGGCUCGCCUGCAGAUGCAGCUGGGGAAAAGCCAGGACCGCCACUCCAUCGCUGCCAAUGAGAGGAGACAGAAGGAAGAGGAGCUGCAGGAGGUGCGCACGCUCUACACCAAGACCUGGGAAGCUGCCAAUGAGGAGCAGAAAAAAUUGGUAGCCCUGCAGAUGGAGAUGGAGAACCUGGCCCUGCACCUCUUCUACAUGCAGAACAUCGACCAAGACCUGCAUGAUGACAUCUCGGUGAUGAAGCAGGUGGUGAAGAAAGCUGAGGUGGAGAGGAUGCGGGCAGAGGUGGAGAAGAAAAAACAGGACCUGUAUGUGGACCAGCUCACCACACGGGCCAACCAGCUGGAAGAGAACAUCUCUUUGUUGGAGGCUCAGUACAUUGCCCAAGCUGAGGACACCAGGCUUUUAAGGAAAGUGGUGAGCGAGGCCUCAAUGGAAAUAGAUGCCAUCAACGUAGAGAAGAAGCACAUCCUGCAGCAAUGGGCCACCAGCCUGGUGGGCAUGAAGAACCGUGACGAGGCACACAGGGCCAUCCUGGAGGUGCUCAGAGAAUGUGAGCAUCAAGCCAAGUCCAUCGAUGGUGAGAUCGAGGCCUACAAGAAGUCCAUCAUAAAGGAGGAAGAGAAGAAUGAGAAGCUGGCCAGCAUCCUGAAUCGGGCUGAGACGGAAGCCAGCCUGAUGCAGAAACUGAUCACGCAAUGCCUGGCAAAGCGGGAGGCCUUGCAGGAUGAAUUCAACACCUACCAGCUCACCCUGCAGAACACGGAGGACAGCCUCAACAAGGGGCUCCAGGAGCAUGCAGCAGCCAUGAGCGAACUGCAGGCCGUCCGCCAGGCAGUCCACUCUGAGCAGGAUCUGCGGCACAAACUGGAUGUCUCCAUCGUUAACAAACUACAGGAGCACAUGACCUCCAACAAGAUGACCAAGUACUUCCACAAGCUCCUCCUGAAGCUCCAGAAGGAGAAGACCAACAUGGUGACACAUCUUUCCAAAAUUGAUGGUGACGUCGCACAGGCCACCCUAGACAUCACCAACACCAGCUGCAGGCUGGACAUGCAUCAGAAGACACUGACUGAGCUGGACCAGGAGGUGAAAAAAGUCAACGACCUCAUCACCAACAGUGAGAAUGAGAUCUCCCGGCGCACGAUCCUGAUCGAGAGGAAGCAGGGUCUCAUCAACUUCCUCAACAAGCAGCUGGAGCAGAUGGUUUCUGAGCUGGGGGGGGAAGAAGUAGGGCCCCUGGAGCUGGAGAUCAAAAGGCUGACCAAGCUGACCGAAGAGCACAACACCAGUGUGACUCAGGCCCAAGUGACCUGGCUCCGCCUGCAGCAAGAGCUGGUCAAAGUCACGCAGGACCGUGAGGAGCAGCUGGUGUCCCUGGACAAGCUCAAGAAGGAGGUCCACAUCUUGGAGCAGAAGAAGCUGCGCACGGAGAGCAAGAUUGAGCAGGAGAAGAAGGAGCAGAAGGAGAUUGACCGGCACACAAAGGACCUGGACCAGGACCUGAAGAAGCUCAACUUGCUGCUGAGCAAGAACCGGUGCAACUCGGAGGAGCUGCAGCACAGCAACGUGGUGACCGAAACAGAGUUUGUGCGUGGAUUGAAGGAAGCAGAGAGGGAGACCAUCGAGAUGCAAGAGAAGCUGAACCAGCUCUGCGAGGAGAAGGCCACUCUCCUGAAUGGCCUGGUGGAGGCAGAACACCAGAUCAUGCUUUGGGAGAAAAAAAUCCAACUGGCAAAAGAGAUGCGCGCCUCAGUGGAUUCAGAUGCCAGCCAGACAGAAAUCCGCACCAUGAAGGCAGAAAUCCACAGGAUGAAGGUCAAGCACGGGCAGCUGCUGAAGCAGCAGGAGAAGAUGAUCCGGGACAUGGAGAUGGUGGUGGCCCGCAGAGAGACCAUCAUAACCCGGGCUGAAGGGCAGAGCAAGAUGGACAAGAAGGCACUCACUCGAAUGGACUUCCACCACCAGCAGAUUGAGCUGCAACGGAAAAUCAGGGAAACCCACAAGGCCACCGAGCAGUGCAACAAGACCAUCUUAGAACUGGAAGAGACUCAAAAACUGUUGAACAGCUCCCUCCUGGAGAAGCAGGAGAAGCUGUCCAGGAUGCAGGUGGACACUGACGUGCUUGAAGCUGACAUCAGGCGGCUCACAGCCCUCAAGCGACAGAACCUUUCAGAGAUUGUGACCCUACAGACGCGCCUCAAGCACCUGCAGGCCGUGGUGGAUGGGAAGUACACGUUCCUGUUCCGCUCCCAGAAGUCCAUGAUGCUGGAGCACAAACGCUUGGAGGGCCGGCUCUCCUUGCUGAGCACCAUCUUGGCCCGCGUGCAGGAGGAGCACCCGCAGUUCCUGGAGGCCCUGCGCCCCAUCAGCCAGAAGAUCACCAGCAAGCUGGAGUCCCUGGGGCCCUCCUAGGAAAAAGUGGGGAUGCCCCAUUUCCAGAACUAAACCCCCAAGAAGACUGCCAGAAUUUGGAGUAUUAUCAGGGACUUAUGAUCUGUGUCCCCUUAGAAGGACACCAUUUAUGAGAAACAGACAGGCCAGCCCCAGAGGAAUUACUUCUCAGCCACUCAGUUUAAACCAAGUAGAACCCAGUGUCUCUGGCAGCACUGGGUGAGCCUUACUGUCCCCUUUCUAUCAGCAUACCCGCACACUCUCCCUUGGGUGGGCUUGUCCAAGUAAAAAGUGGUGGGUGGUAGCUCCCCAGGACCAGCCUUUAGGGGAACAGCAGGCUGCACGGAGGCUAAGGAUGGGACUGGUAGGCGCACACUGGAGGCCACUUCAUUCCUAGCACUCUGCUAGGGCACAACUGAGGGCCCCAGCCACCUUCCAGGCACCCAUGCCCUGCCUGCAGGGAACUUGGCCUUCCCAUCCCACGGCCCAGAGUGCAAGACCUCAGGGGUUCCUAGGAAGCCGAGCACUGGCCUGUGCUCUGCUCCUGUAGGCUGUAACGGGACUUCAGCAAGCUGGCCCUGUCCUCCACCUGCCAACCUCUCUCUCCUCCUCCCACACGCUGGCUUGUUUCUCAGUUACCCUGUGGCUUCUCCGAAGGUGAACGGGAAAAAGUUCUGCAAAAGAACUUCACUUUCACUCUGGAGCAGAAUAAAAUACCUCUUUCUAACUAUG